AUGCUACUUGUCGGAAAUGAAAAAGAUGUAAAAAGUUUUUGUAAAUGUAAAAAACGUACAACUAAUUUACAUUCUUCAUGGGAGAAUACAAUGCCUUGCCAUAGGUGGCAGCACGUACAGGGAAGACAGUUGGACAGUGGCGGUGAGGCAAUAACAAUGGCAUUUUUCAACGAGGAGGAUAUAGAAAGUGAUGAAUCUUUUGAAGAUGAUCCUAAAGAGCUUUAUGGCAUCAGGGAAGGAACAAUUUUUGUGAUUGAUGCAACAUUACCAAUGUUUAAAAAUGACCCUGAUAAUCCAUAUUUUUUACAAUGCAUUAAGCAAUACAAGGAGGUCCUCAAGCAAAAGUUGGUAUGGGAUAGACAAGAUUGGAUAGGUUUAAUUCUAUUUGGAACUGAAGAAUCCGAUGAGGAUCUGAAACAUAUAUUGACUCUUCAUCAAUUAAGUGUUCCUAUAAUAGAGAACUUGAAAGAAGUGAAGAAAAUAGAUGAAGGGAAAAAAUGGGAGCAUUACAGAGAUAUUGCUUCCUCUACUGCUUAUCCACUACACGAUGUAUUACAGCAUGCAGCACGAGCAUUCUCUGUUAACCGCACAACUAUGUCAAUGAGAAGAGUAAUUCUUUUUACAUGUCAAGAUAAUCCCCCAAUAACAGACGACAAGGAAAAACAUAGAAUAAGACGACAAGCAAAGAGUUUCAGUGACAUAGAUCUUCAAUUACUUGUUGUUGGUUUGGGCAAAAAUUGGAAUCAUGAUUCAUUCUAUAAAGAUCUAGAAAUGUCAUCUAGAAAAAUCGAUGUAGAUGAUUAUAAAAGAAUGUCCUUGAAAGAUGUACUGGAACAAGUAAAAGUACCAUCUAAAAAUAUGGCAAAGCUACCUUGGAGACUUGGAGAAAAUGUGAUUGUAGAUGUUGUUCUUCGCAGUCUUUCUAGGAAGAUGUAGAGGAUGAAGAAAGUCAACAAAAAUUACGUGUUCUUGAAACAGAUAUUCAAAAAUGUCAAACGUUUGGUAAUGAAAAAAUAUGUUUUGCACCAACAGAAGUCAAAUUCAUGUGUGCAACACGAGAACCAGGCAUUGACUUAAUUUGUAUACAGCCUAGUUCUUAUCAUCCUUUAUAUCAUGUUGAAACACCAUAUUUUGUUAUGCCAGGCAAAAGUUAUCGUGAAGAUAACAAACUAUUAUUUGGUGCGUUACUGAAUAAAUGUGACGAAAAAAAAUUAAUGAUAAUAUGUGUUGUUACACUAAGAAAAUAUUCUACUUCAAGUCUAUAUACCAUGAUGCCAAAUGCAAAAAACGGGGGAUUUUACUUGUAUAAAAUACCAUUUAAAGAAAAUAUGCGAGACAUUAGCAAAUAUUUCCCAAACUAUAUAUAUGAUGAUGAAAGAAAACCUCCAAUUGAUUCAGAAGGAGUUGAAGUGCUAGAACAACUCAUAGAAAAAUUAAGUUUCGAAUAUAAUCCGAAAUUGUUCUUAAACCCUAAACUACAAGUUCAGCUUCAAACUGUAGAAAUUUUAGCUUUACAUUUGGAGCAGCUUGAGCCUCCACCAGAUACUACAUAUCCAACAAUCGACAAGAUGCGUAAACUUACAAACGAUCUACUAGAGAAAUAUGAUACAAUAUUUUCUACAGAUACAAGUGAUAUACCACCAAAGAAAAAGCCCAAAAAAAGUAACGAAUCAAUAGAAAUAAGCAAUUUAAACAAGGAUAAAAUUCAAGAAUUUGUGAAAAGCGGUCAGAUAGUAAACUUUACUGCAGUAGACUUAAAGGAUAUCUUGAAAAUAUUGGGUUUAAAGACAUCUGGUAAAAAAGAUGAAUUAAUAAACAGAAUUAAAUCAUAUUUUUAAUAAAAUGAUACAAGCUUUCAUUGAAGAAAGAUAAUAUACUUAUAUUAUACUUUAAUUGAAUAAUAAAUAAAAUUAAAUAAUAUAUUUUGUGUAAAAUAAAGUUUUUUAUUCAAAAAAAAUAAUUUAUUUUUGGAUUGUGUUUUUUAUAUGAUCUUUAUAUUUAUAUAAAUGUAUU